AUGGCUCGCAAACGGGAGACGUCUCUAAGCCUUGCUGCCCUUAGGAAGGAGAGCUUUCCAGAGCCUCCCCAAGGAGAAGAGGAGGCUACAGUGCGGAGAAGAGUGGCAGCCUCUGCAAGCGUCGAGAAGCGGGAGGCGGGGGCCCCCCAACGGUCUAGCAGAGGCCAGGCAGCACCCACUGCACGGAUCUCUGAGAAGCGUGGAUUCCUCUGCAACGAAGACCUUCCAAAUCAUAUGCCAACUCCGACUGCCUCAAAGCGGCAAGACGAGCGCCGCUCACGCACUCCUAAGAAAGCAGGACACCCACCGCCGGGAUCCCUCUCAGGAGGGGCCUCUGAGAAGCUUUUGGCAGCUGAGAAGAUGCAACCACCGAGCGGCAUUGCCUCUCAGUCCCCCCCGUUGCAGCAAGCACCCCGACAGCUCUCGCAAGCCGUGCAGCAGACACCGCUUCCAGCCACCUUCAGGGAGAAAUCAGGAGCCGUAAGGCCGCAGCAACAGCAACAAUUGCAACAACAGCUGCACGAUGCACCGCCGAAGCAAGGCCUCUUGCAGGAAAGCCUUGAGCUGGUAUCGUGGUUGCGGGAGACUCAGCAUCCUCUCGAGGGUUACGUGAUCUCCAAGAGUGAAACAACGGCCACCGUGCAGCUGUUGCUUCCUGCCGCAGUGCAGCAGCUGCUUCCCCCUCAGGUUCGAAUUCCAAGGCGGCUUUUCUCGGCUCAGAGCCAGCCCCAGCAAGAGGCUUCUGCGAUGUCACCCGUGCAGGGAGGACGCGGAUUUUCUGAAAAAGAUUUCCCAGGGGCCGUAGAGGGGCAGACGGCGGAUUCCAUCUGGAAGGCCUUGCACCCUGGAGACGCCCUCAAAAUGCGCAUCCUGGGUAUGCAGCUGCAGGAGGAGGAGCAGCAACAGAAGCCACAGCGUUUAGGGCAGCAGGCUCCGAGAAGGUCUCCCUCUGUGCUAGAGCUUACAGUCCAGCCGCUGAUUGAGGCAGAUACCCCGUCCGUGGCUUCCCCUCGACUCUCUUCUCGACUGGCUCCUUCUGUCCAGGAGGCGGCUCUUGUUGAAUCCAUUCAGCGUGCGACAGGAAAAGAUCAAGAUACGCUAUUAGAACGCCUAGUCCAAGCGCCACACGGUGACCGCUGUCUUGGCUUAAAGCCUCCUUCUCGCGCUCUUCCUAUCACCGAAAAAGCCCCCUUUGAAGGUAGCGCAGUCUGUCCGCGGCAUGUCGUGCGUUGGUGGAUCUGUGUGACACUUUUGUCUGACAGCGCCCACCAGGAAGUCUCUCGCUGGCUGCGCUUCCUGUCUCCUCCAACGGCCACCUGGGUAUUGCCUGUGCCGCCUAAGGGGGAAGCCGUCGCCGCAGAAGGCCCUUUCUCUCGGCGUGCUGCUGGAGCCUCGAGGCUGAGGGCACCUCCCAGCACAAGGGCCUUAAGCUGCCGCGUUGUGGGGUGGCUGCCUCAGCGAGAUGCGGUUGUAGUGCAAGUCCUGGGAGCUGAAGAUUUCUGGCACCCUGCGAGCGGCAUCCUGGGGAGCAAAGUCAAUGCUAAUUCCACCCCUCUUCCAGGUGCCUCGUUGUCUUUGAGCGCGAGCGCAGUCAAGGUCUCAGGGGAGGGGCAAGGGAAUCGUCACCUUCACGAUGAGAAGACUGCCGAGAGACCUCCAGAGAGACUACAUGCCCUUCCAGCGCCAGCACAGACUCCACCCACUGACUCCGAUCAUGCCUCCGCUUAUGACGCCGCACGCCUUUUCCAACGCGCCGAGAGGGCCUUGAGACUCGAGCAGCAAACUUCGCGUGACCCCUUGCUGCAAGAGGAACUCCUCGUGCAGCAGGAGGCGCUCGUGCAGAAAGUGCUGCCACAGAAGCGGGAGGCCGAGCUGGCGGCGCUGCAGCAGCUCCUCCAGCAACACCCCCACCUGCAUGCGUACCAUGCCCAUCUCCACAGCUACCCCGAUACCACGCAGGAAGACGCCGUCGGCGCGUUGGCUUUGUUGCCCGUGCGGGAGCUAGAAGCCUUCAUGCGUGUCCGAAAAGACUGGAACGUGCGUGACGACGUCCUGCGUCUCUACUUUUCGUCAGUUGAGGGACUGGAGGGGCCUCUCGGGAGGCCCCCUGUGCGUUGGCGGGGCGUCAGUGGCAUCAGCUGCCGUAGAGACGGCGUACCCGGUAGCCAAGGACAGCCGCAGGUCGAUUACUCGGCACUUUUGUGGCUCUCCAUCUACCCCGCAGUCCCACUGGAAGUCGCUCACUUGCUGCUAAAUGAUAUGCCCGUUCCGCAUCUCGCCCCCGUCCUCCGCAUUUACGAGCAGCGCCAGCUAGCAGAGCAGCACGAAGAGCACCAGCAAUUGCUGCGGCACAUUCAACGAUAUCAAGAUGACUUAGCUCGGGAGCAAGCCACACGAAAGCGCCUGCAGGAGCAGCAGGGCAGCGAGGACGGCUCAGAGGGAAGGUCCAAGGGUGACUCUGAGCCGUCAAAACAACUGACAGGGAGAGGCAACAGGCCUUCUUCCCGCAAACAAGACGGCACUCGGCCGCCACUGCAUCGAAUUCCUGUGCAGCCCCUGUGGUGGGCAAAAGGAGACUGGCUGCAUCGAGAAGUCCGCCUCUGUCAGCUCUUGGGGCCCUUCUUCUACAGGCAGCUUUUGCGGCUGCGACGCCAAGAAGAAGGCGCUGCUUCCACCAGCAGCAAGUAUACACCUCUUUGUGAUCCCCGGGGGAAACCCUUCGAAGACCUCACGAGUUGGGUGGCAAUGCCUGAUCGGCUGCACCAGCUGAGGCCCAGUUUUGUGAGGAUGUACACCAAUAAGCUGCGUACUGCACUUCAGCUACUGAAAACAAGCGACUAUCCCAAAGCAUUUGCAAGAUUCCUUGCCACUGCGGACGUGUCCGAUGAGGUCGUGGCUGCACGCAUAGCAAAAUCCGAGCUUCCAGAAGAGGUUCGUGGGCUCUUGCAGGCAUUCCAGUUGCUUCGCCGGAAGAUCCUCGACGGUCUGAGACGUCACGGUCCAGUUGGGGAGGAUGCGAUGCAGGGCAGCCACACUGACCCCACGGCGUCUCCGCACGGGGAUCCGGGCUUCGCGGAUUUUGGAAGCGGAGAGAGAGGGCGUUCAGAGUCUCCCUUGAUGCAGCUGCUGAGGCUACACAGCCGUCUGCGGCUGCAGCUGCGCCCCCAACAGCGCGCGCCUUCACUAGAGCAGUGGCAGCGGCAGCAACAGCAACGAGAGCAGUAUCGGAGGAGCCAAAGGAGGCCACAGCAGCUGCAGCUCUCUGCAGCUGAAGAGGAGAUCACGGGGGCUCCGGAAGACUUGCCUCAGUCGCAGCUGCAUCCUUUGGAUCAGGAUGAAUACGAUCGAGUUGACAAACUCGCAGACGAGGUCGGGCAGCAGCUGAUAGACAGUUCUCUUGUAGAAUCAGGAGCUGCCCCCAACUUAGUGGGCACGCGUCCAUCCUACAGCCAAGCAUAUCCCUCAGGCGCGAUUCGGAAGCCAAGGAGCUUUUAUAACUACAUGAAUGAAGAAUUCCUGCCGGUUCUAGAGACUGACCCUGACGAGAAUCUUAUUCGACUUGCUGGGGGCCUUGGAGCUACAACCGCCCAUGAGCUCUUCCUUCCCCUCCCACUACAGAGCCAGCAAGAUUAG